AUGAAGUCGAUCUGGAGUCUGAUCUGCCUGUCCGAUUUGUUCAUCGUAGCAGCAGCCCGCCCAGCAGCACGCAAUGCUCAGGUCUGGGGCCAGCUGCGGGAGAAUAUCAAACAUGUGAUCUAUCUGACCCUCGAGAACCACUCCUUUGACAACAUCGCAGGCUACUGGGAUUUCCAUGAAGACAUUGACAAUCUGGUCGACAUCUCAUACUGCAAUGAGUACACCAAUGCAAACUGGACUGUAUGGGGAGAGCCACUUGCGAUCUGCGCUGCCCCAUUCGAGCUGGAAGUCCCGCUCAAUGAUCCGGACCACGACUUCGCCGGCGUCACCUAUCAGAUCUUCCGCAAGUGGAAUGCCACCAAGGACGAUGUUCCCGACAUGGGUGGCUUCAUCGAGCGUCAAUCGGAGAAGUACAAGUCCACGCCCGGCGAUGCAUCAUUCGUGAUCAAGGCCUAUAAUCAGAAGAAGACGGCACUGCUUGCGGAGCUGGGUCAGAACUUUGCCUUCUUUGAUUCAUAUUUUGCUGAGCAUCCGGGCCCGACUAACCCCAAUCGCCAAUUUGCGACCUCGGGUUCGACCUGCGGUUUUGUCGACGACACUAACCAGGCCGCCGGUUUCUUCAACAACGUUACUGGAACCACUUGUGCCACAUCGAUCUUUGAAUCCCUCAGCAAUGCGGGCAUCACCUGGAAGAAUUACUACGAGACUGAGAUCGUGGAUGCAUUCUUGUACAAGUGGGUUCAAGACAACGCCAUGGACCGUCUCGUGCACGCCGAUGAAUUCUACCGCGACCUGGAAGAGGGAACACUGCCCAGUUUCUCGUACAUCAACCCAGAGUGCUGCACCAUCGACUCGAUGCACCCGACCAGCCCUAUGGCCUCGGGUGAACAAAUGGUCAAGCACUUGUACGAUUCACUACGCCGCUCACAGUACUGGGACAACGCUCUGCUGAUCAUCAACUUUGACGAGCACGGCGGGUUCGCCGAUCACGUUCCCCCGCCGAUGAACGUGCCCCAGCCCGAAGACGGAAUCACCUUUGACGGUACAUCGGAGGGACAUCAAGUGACCUAUGACUUUACUCGGCUGGGUGUUCGCGUUCCCGCUUUCUUGAUCUCACCCUACGUUCCGGCCAACUAUCUCAUUCACGAUGAGGGUACCAUGUACGCUGACAACUCGGCUUACACGCACUCCUCGAUUCUGCACUUUUUGCAGGAACUGUGGGGGUUGGAGGGCCUCAAUAACCGGGUGCAGUGGGCGAAGACAUUCGAGUCGGUCUUUAUUGACGAGCAACGCGAUGACACGCCCGAGACCUUGGGGACUCCGACCUGGUAUGGCGGUAGCGGACAGCCCGAGCCGGAUCCUUUCUACCUUUUGAACCAGGAUGCGGCUUACUACAAUGCUCUUCAGGACUAA